AUGAACGAAAACCAACCAAAAGCCGUAAUUUUCUACCAACGAAUAGAAUUAGCAGAAUUUUAUCCUUUGCACGCCCUAGAACCUUAUAUUUCCCGGGAAAUCAUGAACGACCAUUACCACGGAAAUCAUAAAUUAUACGAAAAAAAUUUAAAUUUAGUUCUUUCUCAAUUAGAAGAAAAUCAACAAGAAAAUAUAAAAAAAAAUUAUCCCGAUUUAGAAAAACUUUUGCAAAAUCUAGAAAAAUUACCUUUUUCUCCGGCGGUGCGAACGGAAAUUCGUUUCCACGGCGGCGGGCUAAUUAAUCACAAUUUAUUUUUCAGUCAUUUGGCUUCCCAAAUAGUUUCGGUCGCCGAAAAAAACCAGCAAGAAUUAGUUAGUGAAGAUUUUUUAAAGGCUUUACAUAAGGACGGUUUUGAUGGUUUAGAUGACUUAAAAAUCAAGUUAAUUAAGGAAGCCCUAAAUAAUGCUGUUGAUAAUCUUCGCAACGGGAGUUAUUGA